UCACCCCCUAUCAGGAACUGGACAGGGGUGGGGACUUCCCCAAGGUUGGCUCCCCUGCCCCCAGUCCGGGCGGGUGUAAGGCCACCUCCCCAGGCCAGGAGAACCCAGAAGAAAAAGAGAAGAGCUACCAUGUCCUCUUGGAGCAGACAGCGGCCCCAAAGCCCAGGUGGCAUUCAGCCCCAUCUUUCUAGAGCCCUGUUCCUGCUGCUGCUGUUGGCGGCCUCAGCCUGGGGGGUCACCCUGAGCCCCAAAGACUGCCAGGUGUUCCACUCAGACAAUGGCACCUCCAUCUCCUGCCAACCACCUGCCGAAAUCCCCCGCCACCUGCCAGCCGACACCGUGUACUUGGCGGUGGAGUUCUUCAACCUGACACACCUGCCAGCCGGCAUCCUCCAGGGCGCCUCCAAGCUCCGAGAGCUGCACCUCUCCACUAACGGGCUGGAGGGCCUCCCACGCGAGCUUUUGCAGCCAGUACCGCAGCUCAGGGUGCUGGAUCUCACCCGAAACGCCCUGAACAGCCUGCUCCCGGGCCUCUUCCAGGCCUCAGCCUCCCUGGACACCCUGGUGUUGAAGGAAAACCAGCUGGAGGUCCUGGAGGCCUCGUGGCUGCACGGCCUGAAGGCCCUGGGGCAUCUGGAUCUGUCUGGGAACCGCCUCCGGAAACUGCCCCCUGGGCUGCUGGCCAACUUCACUCUCCUGCGCACCCUUGACCUUGGGGAGAACCAGCUGGAGACCUUGCCACCUGACCUUCUGAGGGGUCCUCUGCAAUUAGAACGGCUCCAUCUAGAAGGCAACAGAUUGCAAGUCCUGGAGAAGGACCUUCUCGUGCCCCAGCCAGACCUGCGCUAUCUUUUUCUGAACUGCAACAAGCUGGCCAGGGUGGCAGCCGGUGCCUUCCAGGGCCUGCGGCAGCUGGACAUGCUGGACCUCUCCAAUAACUCGCUGGCCAGCGUGCCCGAGGGGCUCUGGGCAUCACUAGGACAGUCAAAUCGGGAUCUGCGGGAAGGAUUCGACAUCUCCAACAACCCGUGGAUCUGUGACCGGAACCUGAGCGACCUCUUGCGUUGGCUGAAGGCCCAAAAAGACAAGAUGUUUUCCCAGGGUGACACGCGCUGUGCUGGGCCUGAAGCCGUGAAGGGCCAACCGCUCCUGGCAGUGGCCGAGUUGGCCCAGUGAGACCUAGGGCUGGGAUUGAGGGUGGGGGGUCUGGGAGAACGCUGCAGCCCACUUAGCAAAUAAUCCUGCCUUUGAAAGGUGAGAUGUGGGGGCUGUCCCUUGUGGCUGGGGCCCCAUUUCACCCACCCGUGCUUCCGAGAACAUGCAGUGGGCUUCCCGGCCCCCUGACCUGUGCCCAGGGUGUGCCCUCUCUCUGGAACGCCGUUUCCCAUUUCUCAGAUCUCUUGGCCUCCAGGUUCUCCCAGCCCCCUUGUCCUUCCCUGUGGCUGAGCCCCGGCCACACUGGGGCUCUCGGAGUGCAGGGUCCGGUGCUGAGUCGCACUUAGCUUGGGCUCAGACCAAAAGGGUUUAGUAAAUAACUCUUGAACACUGGACC